GGAAGCUGAGAGAGUUGGAGACGCUAUCCGCUUCCAUCCGUCGCGCACACCCUGCUUGAGUCACCGCCGCUAUGGAUGAUCGGGAGGAUCUGGUGUACCAGGCGAAGCUGGCUGAGCAGGCUGAGCGAUACGACGAAAUGGUGGAAUCAAUGAAGAAAGUAGCAGGGAUGGAUGUGGAAUUGACAGUUGAAGAAAGAAACCUCCUAUCAGUUGCAUAUAAAAAUGUGAUAGGAGCAAGAAGAGCCUCCUGGAGAAUAAUCAGCCGCAUUGAACAGAAAGAAGAAAACAAGGGAGGAGAAGACAAACUAAAAAUGAUUCGGGAAUAUCGGCAAAUGGUUGAGACUGAGCUAAAGUUAAUCUGUUGUGACAUUCUGGAUGUACUGGACAAACACCUUAUUCCAGCAGCUAACACUGGCGAGUCCAAGGUUUUCUAUUAUAAAAUGAAAGGCGACUACCACAGGUAUUUGGCUGAAUUUGCCACAGGGAAUGACAGGAAAGAGGCUGCUGAGAAUAGCCUAGUAGCUUAUAAAGCUGCUAGUGAUAUUGCAAUGACAGAACUUCCACCAACGCAUCCAAUCCGCUUAGGUCUUGCUCUCAACUUUUCCGUAUUCUACUAUGAAAUUCUUAAUUCCCCUGACCGUGCCUGCAGGUUGGCAAAGGCAACUUUCGAUGAUGCUAUUGCAGAACUGGAUACUCUGAGUGAAGAAAGCUAUAAGGACUCUACACUUAUCAUGCAGUUGUUACGUGAUAAUCUGACACUAUGGACUUCAGACAUGCAGGGUGAUGGUGAAGAGCAGAAUAAAGAAGCACUGCAGGAUGUGGAAGAUGAAAAUCAGUGAGACAUAAAAAGCCAAGAAGAGAAACCAUC